GUCGUCACUGACGCUGAGAGCUGACAGGAGAAUCAGUGCUGUGGUUCAGUCAAGCUCAGGUGCGCGCUUUUGAUAAUCAGCCAGGUCAUGUCAAUAAAGAUGGAGAUGGAUGUCAGUGGAGUGUCCAGGACACCCAUAUCUGUUCUACCUGCCGCUGAGGUCAAAACCACCCUGAAACCUGAGGCCGACAAACCCCGCUGCUCCAGCACUCCCUGCUCCCCCAUUAAAAACACUGUCUCAGGAUACCAAAUCCUUCACAUCAAUUCAAACUAUCUAGUAGGUUUUACUACAGGCGAGGAGCUUCUUAAAUUAGCCCAUAAGUGGUCUAGUCCAGACACCAGUAAUACAGAGGCGUUGCCCAGCCCUGUGAAGAAGCCUGUGGAUUUAGGUCUCCACAGAACCUCUCGGAUAUACAAAGCCAAAAGCCGCUACUAUCAACCGUACGAUAUUCCAGCCAUCAAUGGACGCAGGAGACGACGUAUGCCUAGUUCGGGCGAGAGCUGCUUGAAAUCCUUGAUUGCCGGGGAGCCCAGCAAGGCCUUACAUGGUCCCCUUCCCGUCUGCCUUUUGAAGGGCAAGCGGAUGUGUUCAAAGUCCCUGGACUACCUCAACCUGGACAAGAUGAGUCUCAGGGAGCCGGCGGAUACAGAGGUGCUACAGUACCAGCUUCAGCAUCUCACUUUGAGGGGCGAGCGCAUGUUCACUCGCAACAAGACGUAAAUUUUUGGAUACCCCUAUUAAAAACCACAGCUGGAUUCAGCUGCAAUUUAGGGCCUUAAUUUUUGUCCUCCAUUGAUUAUAGGCAGUUUCUGAAGAUCAAUCAUUUUGUUUGUUAAGCUGAGGAUUCAAUGAAGCACUAUUAUGCCUAGUGACAUUUAAACCAUGUAGUAUGAGUGAAAUAAUUCACCAAAAUAUUUAUUUUUCACUUACCCUCAUGUCUUUAUAAAUCUUUGUGUUAUUUAUUUUUCUGAAACAAAAGAGUUUUACUUUUUUUAAUAUACAGAGAGUUCUUUGUGAGUUUUAUACAUCAAGUUCAUCAAAGAAAAAGCACCAUACAUGUUUUACAAGGUCCUCUGAAGCCACACAGUAGGUUUCUGUAAGGAAAUUUCUGCUGUGGGUUCUUGUGUUGUAAUUUAACCUGGCACGCAAGUUCUAACAUGAGGGAUGGAGAUCAUAUUAAAAUAUGUCAGUGCAAGAGGUUUUAAAAUUAAGGUGGCUCAAACAUGCUUUUAAGUCUGGGACUAUGUUAAGCCCCGACCAGGAAACCACCCCAAUAACUUAAAGGAAUAGUCUACCCUUUUGCCAUAUUAAACUAUGUUAUUACCUCAACCUAGACAAAUUAAUACAUACCUAUCUUUUUUCAAUGCAUGCACUGUACAGUGCGUUGUGAAUGUGUUAGCAUUUAGCCUAGCCCCAUUCAUUCCUAUGGUACCAAAAAAAAGUUUUAUUUUGUGGCACCAUACUUACUGGUAUAACUCCUCACGUAACAGUCUUUAAAUAGGGAAAACACGGAAGUGUUUGGUGGUUUCCCUGUUUGGUACCAUAGGAAUGAAUGAGUCUAGGCUAAAUGCUAACACAUUCACGACGCGCUGUACAGUGCACACAUUGAAAAAAGAUAGAUAUGUAUUCAUUUGUCUAAGUUGAGGUAAUAACAUAGUUUAAUAUGGCAAAAGGGUAGACUAUUCCUUUAAAAACCCAUGAAAUUAAAGGGUUAGUUCACCCGAAAAUUAAAAUUUUAUCAUAAAUCACUGUUUUGUUCUUUUCCAUUCUCUAUUUUAUUCACUAUGAACUGUUAUUGUAUAAAAAAAGGAUUUUCAAAACUCUUUCACAAAAAUUCUCAGAAGAAAUAGUAUAACACAGGUUUGAAACAACAUGAGGGUGGGCAAUAUUUCUUUAACUUGUGAACAAAAAAGUAAGUUAUAAAAAGUGUAUGUGAGGAAAUAGAUUCAUUGUCAUGGUGAGGUUUUUCAAGAUUAGCAAUAAGUUGUGAUUUGAUGGCUUGUGUGUGUGUUGGUUUGUGUGCGCGCGUACCGCUAACAUUUUGCGUGCUUUUGGAAAUGUUUAUGUGUCCAUAAACAUAUACCACAAACAUAUAACUCUGCAUUUGAUCAUACAAUUCAAAACAAUUUUUCUAAUUUUCUUCACUUUAUAAUUAUUCCACUAACUUUAGCUAUGUAGAUUAUCCUUAUUAGCGACUAGCACAUUUGUCAAGGUAGUUGAGUUAGCUGUCAGGUGAGGAUUUUUAUUUACCUAAAACAGUGACUGUUAUAUAGUCUGAAUAUUACAUGUCAGACUUAUCAGAGCUACAGUAAUAUUAUAUCAUCUCCUUCAUCAAUAUAAUACAUUGUGAACUGAACCUUUUGUAAACAAAAACACGUCGGGACCGCUCACGAGCCUGGUUCGCUCUAACAGGUUUUAAUAAACAUUAAUCUUUAAUAAACAUUCUACAGUAGACACUUUAAAUCAAGGUUUGUACACUGAAUAAUAUACAAUUGUGUGAAAAAUACGAUAAAUGUGAAUUUUAUUUAUUUAUGUAUUUGUUUUGUAUUAGUUUGCUUUUUUGCAUUUGUACAUUGCGUUCAUACUACCCACUCCUGUCCAUAGUGCAUAGUACUGUAGUUAUAAAAACCAAAGUCGUUUUUGUCCUGGGGGAAACUUGAUUAAUAAUGUCAUUUUUAAACAGCAGACAAUCAUAUACAGUUUUUGUUUAUAGGAUUUUCCUUUAUUUGACUGCAAUGUUUAAUAUGUGUCCUCUUAUACACUUGUUUUUUUUUUUCAGUAUUAAUGUUUGCAUCUUAUUUUGUAUUCAUUUUUUAGGACCUUUUGUUAGUAUUUCAAAUGUUUUGCUUUUGAAUGUUGUUUCAUGCUUUAUAGAACUUCUCUCAAAUCUCUAAAAUGUGUGUGUAGUUUUGACUACAUGUAAGAUUUUGUAUGUUCUUUGUUUAAGUUCUGGAAUGUUUGCUACCUAUCCUAUCAGGUUGUACUACCCGAUUGUUAUUUAUUUAUUUCAAAGAUAUAUUAACCAACUAUUGUUAGUGUUUCAAAAGCACCUUUGUUUAGUGAUAUCAACUGUAAUGUGCUAGUAAGAUUUUCAUUUGAAUAUUGUUUUUCCUUUUGAUCUGUUAAGGAGAGUUUACUUGUGUUGGAUUGUUUUAGGAUUUUUGCUAAUAUCAUAAUUUAAUGUGACAUGAUUUGCUAUGAAUCUGUUAAACUACUGUCAGAUUGUCAUAGUGACAUCACACUUAUCACACUAUGUAAUGGCGUAAUUUAGCAUGUAUUCUUAUAGGGGCGGUUUUUCGGACAGGGAUUAUCUUAAUCCAGGACUAGGCCUUAGUUUUAUUAAGAAAUAUAAUAUAACUAGUUUUAACAAACAUACCCUACUAAAAACAUUACCUGUGUGCAUUUUGAGGCAAAACAAAGGGCACUGAUGUAUAUUAAGAUAUGUCAGUGCAAGUUGUUUUCAGUUUGGACAGCUCUUACAUUUAUUUUAGUCUAGGACUAGUCUAAUCCCUGUCCGGGAAACCGCCCCAUAGUGAUACAAUAAUUUUAACAUGAUGUAAAUGGGAAGUCAAGCUAUGUCUCACUUGUCUUUAUACAAUAUUUAAUUAAAAAGGCAAAUUAAAUGGGUCAAAUAUCAUUUCACAAACAUCAAGGAAUAUAAAUGUAAUGGUCUUUUUAAGCCGCUAAUGCAUUUUCCAAUUUGAUUGUGCUUUUAUAUGGUUAUAGUUUUUAUGUUAUGGGGAAAAGCUCAGUCAUUUAAUCUAAAUCAAACACACACACACACACACACACACACACACACACACACACACACACACACACA